UCGGCGCUGCCACUUCGGGUCGUUUUCAUCGAGUGACAGAAAUCUGCGCGGCAUGAUGGCAGAGGCAGCAGCGGCUCCGGAGUUGUUCUCAGAGCAGGAACUGACCUGCUCCAUCUGCCUGGAUCUGUUCAGUGAACCAGUUUCGACUCCCUGUGGACACAACUUCUGUCAGGCGUGUAUCGGUGGUUACUGGGCCUCCAGUCCCGUCUGCACCUGCCCGCUCUGUAAGCGGCAGUUCAAUGAACGCCCUCAGCUCAGCGUUAAUAAAGUCUUUGCGUUAAUCGCUAACAAAUACAAACGGACCCAUUACGCCGUUGCGGAGCAGCCGAUGACCGUCGGGAAUGGCUGGACACCAGAGAUGAUGAGCGCUGAUCCAGGCAGCACCGGGAACUUUGUGACAACGGCGGCGGCCGAGGACAUGGUGUGGUGCGACGUGUGCUCUGGGAUGAAACAGCCUGCUGUCAGUUCCUGUCUGACCUGCACCGCCUCAUACUGCACUGAGCACGUGAAACCACAUCACACCAUGCCCUUCUAUGCCAAACACCCACUGAUGGAUCCCCAAGAGGCACUGCAGGGCCGAACCUGCAAAGAACACCACCGUCUGCUGGAGGUCUACUGCCGGACAUGUCAGCGUUGUAUCUGUGCUAUCUGUGUCUUGGAUGAACAUCGUACACAUAAGACCGUCUCCGUCCAGACAGAAAGACUCAGCAAACAGAAACACGUAGCCAGGACAGAGCAGGAGAUCCUGAACCGGAUCAAGGAAACAGAAUUUCAUGUCACAGACCUAAAGAAGAAACUGGAAGGUGUCAAGAAAUACGCAGAUGGGGAGCGUGUUCAGGUGGAAAGUCUCCUGGAUGAAGCGUUCCGUUCCUUGGAAGGAAUCCGCUCCCAGGUUGUUGGUGGGAUUGAAAGCCAACUGGAUGCUGUGAUGACCAAGGGCCAGGGGCUGGUGGAUCAUCUGGAGGCGGAGCUAAGCCAGUUGAUGGACAGGAGGGCAACUUUGGAAGACCAAGCCAUCAGUCAGGAUCAUAUAGGCUUCUUACAGAGCUUUGAGGAGGCCACAGCUCCUCUGGCUGCUGAGAAGCCUUUUGUGGACGAAGACAUGGAGUUUUCCUUCCACUUUCAGCUGGGGGACGUAAAGACUUCUCUGGCUGACAUAAAAGAGAAGAUGGAUGAGAUCAGGAUGGGAGAGACUCAGCCUCAAACUUACCGCAGUCCGGUCUGGCGGUCUGACAGUGUGCGGUCUGACAGUCCCCUCAGCUGGAAAGGAAGCACCCCCAGUUUGAAGAAGGGUCAGUGGACUCUAAAAGAUCUGAAGAAGCACAAAACUGCACAUGGUUCAGAUGGAAAGAAAAACAAACUGAUGUCAGGUAAUAAAGCUCGCACGUACAUGGAGGACAUUACGCUGAACCCGGUGACGGCAUACCCGUUCCUGAUCCUGUCCGAGGACAGGAAGCAGGUGAAGCGGGGUGAGAAGCUCCAGAUCUACAGGAACAGCCAGUCCCGCUUCGAUGUGUGGUCCUGCGUCACCGCCAAGGAGGGCUACACCUCAGGACGCCACUACUGGGAGGUAUUUGUUGGCGAGAAUAAAGACUGGAAAGUGGGCGUGGUCGAGGAGAAGGCUCAGAGGAAGGGCCUGUUUGACAUGAGUCCCUCCAGCGGAUACUACGCCAUCUGGUGGAGCAGCAACCACCUGCGUGCGCUCACAGCCCCGCCCCUCACCAAGGUGAAAACGCCACCAAAGCUGCGACAGGUGGGUGUGUUCCUGGACAUGGAAGAAGGUCACGUGUCAUUUUACAACGCGAAGACUGGCACAGACAUCUACAGCUUCAAAGGAUCCUUCGACAUCUCCAACAAGAUGUUUCCUUUGCUGGGCACCGGGGACAAGGAGGUGCCCCUGGUCCUCAUGACCUCCCAACAUCAUCUGGCCUAAAGCCCACAGCUGAUCCUCAUCAGAAACGUAGACAGUGGGCUUCUGGGAAAGAGCCAAAGGUGGCCGUGUAGGAAGUAUGACUGAGUCCAAUGAGGGGUGGAACCGGGACCUCAGUGUCACCACUGAUGGACCAGAGUCUUGACUGCUAAUUUAUGAGUCCACCAAGAGAAAAAGAAAAUCACCUAUUAUUUGUUUAGGUCAAAGUCAAUUGUAAUUACUUUUUAAAAUAACAAUUUCAUUGAAAAAUGAAAUUUGGUGAUAUGUACAAAAUCGGACUUUGGAAAAAAUUCUUCAUCCUUGUUUUUCACAAAUUAUAAACCAAAUAGUCAUUGUUAUUUACAGAGAGAUUACAUUUAUAUCAUGCGAUCUGCCUUCUGCAGUUGUUUUUUUUUUAUUAUUAUUUUGUGUUCAAUAAAAUAUUUUUAACUUUGUUCA